AUGACUCGUACCGACAUCGAGUUCAAGACGUCCGACAAUGUCACGCUGCGAGGUUGGUUCUUCACUCCGUCCAACGUGGCGGCGGGUACGAAACUGCCCUGCGUCAUCAUGAGCCACGGCGUCAGCUGCGUCAAGGAAAUGGGUCUCGGGGACGUCGCGGCAAAGUACGUCGCCGACAUGAACGUUUCGUGUCUGGUGUACGACUACCGCGGAUUCGGGGAGAGCGACGCGGCGCCGCACAUGCCGCGGCAAGAGGUCAAUACGUGGCUCCAGGCCAACGACAUCCGAGACGCCGUCACCCACGUGCAGAUGCGGGAGGAUGUGGACGAGACGAAGAUCGCCGUCUGGGGGUACUCGCUCGGUGCGAUGCACGCCGUCUACGUCGCCGGGGUCGAUCGUCGCGUCAAGGCCGUGGUCGCCGUGGGCCCCGGCAUGAGCGGCAGCGAGAUCGUCAAGAGACUUGCACCUCCUCAUGCCGUCAACGCGAUGCAGGACCUCUUCGGGAAGGACAGGAUAGAAAGGGCCAAAGGCGCGGACCCGAUCAAGGUGCCCGUCAUCAGUCCGGAAGGAGGUGGGCAGUGCCUCUUACCGAGUCCGGAGAGCACCAGAUUCUUUGCAGAGUGGAUCGGAAAGAAUCACGAGAAAGGGUGGAGGAACGAGCUUACAUUGAGAAGUCUGGAUGAUCUCUCGACAUACGCGACUCCGAUGGCGCACUUGGCCAAUAUCACUCCGACACCCGUCUUCUUCGGUGUGGCAACCAGAGACACGAACAGCCCACCUGACCAGGUGAUGAAACAGUAUAGGAAGUUGACCGAGCCAAAGGAGUACGCCAUAGUCGAUUGCAAUCACUACGAAUUGAUGGGCAAGGCCAGGGAGGUUUUGCACCCGAAGGAGGUUGCGUUCUUGAGAAAAUGGCUGUCUUUAUUUGGCGACAUGGAUAACAAUGCAGACUUCGAUGCUGUGAAGGACCUUUUCGCUACACAAUGGGCCUAUCCUUCGAUACUGUGGCACAGUUCCAGGUAUCUCUCCAACGGCUAUGCGGGAAGUGCACGAUUCAUGCAUGGUGAUGGAACAUCGUGGUUCAAGUUCAUCAUCAUACGAGUGAAGUCAGUCCUUGCCACCACACCCAGAAGUUUAGGCGAGUGGAAUGAGGAUCAAUGGUAUGAGAUGAUCUUCUAUGUUUAUGCACAGUCAAAUGGCAGUGCAGUUGCGUUCUGCAUAAACGCCCCCAAAAUAUUUCGUGAGAAGCUGGUGGAAAUGUUGAAUUCAGAAAACUGCGACGUUUCAAAGGACGCAACAUCUCUGCUCCAAAACAUGAUAUUGGCAGAGGUGGUCAAAUUGUACGAUAGUGCUGUUUGGGCCACCCGAGGCCAUGUUCGGAAUCUCGAAAAGGGUCGAGAUGCUACUGGACCGUAUCGAGAUUUCCCCAGACUCCACGAUCUUGCGAGACACAUUAUCCAUAGUGGCGAGGCCCUCAGCGUUGCUUGUGAUUCUGUUUCAGAACUCCUCGAUCCAAGAAGAGGAGGAAACUCAUACCCCAACACCAACGGCCAAGCAGUCGAACGUGGAUGGCAUGAAAAUGACAUUGAAAUGGCCUUCUUUUUGAGGUCGCUACAAAAUCUCCAGCGUCGAUCGGAUACGCUGAAGGGGUUCAAUCUUGCUGUGAAAGGCGAUAGCAAUUCAAUGAAGACCAUCUCUUGGAUCACACUUACGUUUCUCCCGGCAAUCAUGAGUUUCUUCUCAUUGCAAUUCGACGAAGACUCGGGCGAACAAGAGUGGUUGGUGUCUGACAAACUCUGGAUAUACUGGUCGAUCGCCGUGCCGUUGACUGUGUUGGCCGUACAAGCAUCGGUGAUGGUUGAUUGA